AUGACCGUUAAUGUCUUUGCCGUCCCGGUGUUCUUCGUCGUCUUCAGAGAGACGCUCGAGACUGCCGUCAUCGUGUCCGUCUUGCUUGCAUUCUUAAAGCAAACCCUCGAUGGCCCGAAUCGCGAUAGAGCCGUGUACAAGAAACUUGUGAAGCAGGUUUGGUAUGGCACAAUAGCUGGUCUUGCCUGCUGUCUGAUUAUCGGCGCCGGCAUGAUCGGUGCCUUCUACGGCCUCGGAAAAGACAGAUGGGCAAACACCGAGUAUUACUGGGAAGGCUCCUUUGCCAUCUUUGCGUCUGUCGUAAUCAGCAUUCUCGGUGCUGCUCUGCUCCGCGUCUCCAAGAUGCAGGAGAAAUGGCGUGUCAAGUUGGCCAAGGCAUUGGAGACGCAAAAGGUGACCACUGGUGGUCGGAGAGGGGCGUUGAAGCGAUGGGCUGAGAAAUAUGCCAUGUUCAUGCUACCAUUCAUCACGGUUUUGAGAGAGGGUCUCGAGGCUGUUGUAUUUAUUGCCGGUGUAUCGUUUUCAUCGCCUGCUUCUGCUGUUCCGUUACCAGUUGUCAUUGGAUUGAUCGCUGGCUUUGCUGCCGGGUGGAUUCUCUACAAGGGUGGCGCUACCUCCAAGCUUCAAUACUUCCUCAUUAUCUCCACCUGUCUCCUCUACCUCGUCGCCGCCGGUCUCUUGUCCAGAGCCGUCUGGUACUUUGAAGCUCAAAAUUGGAACGACAUAACCGGUGGUGAUGCCGCUGAGACAGGAUCCGGUGCCGGAUCCUACGAUAUCAGAAGGAGUGUCUGGCACGUCAACUUUGGCAACCCAGAGCUCAAUGGUGGUGGAGGAUGGGGUAUCUUCAACGCAAUCCUGGGAUGGCAGAACUCUGCAACAUACGGCUCUGUUAUCUCGUAUAACGUGUACUGGAUCGCAAUCAUCAUUGGCUUCCUCGUCAUGCGGUACAAGGAAACCACUGGACACCUGCCACUCAUGAAGGCGAAGACGCCCAAGGCUUCUUCCGAUGAAUCGAGUCCGUCUGGCGGUGGAAUCGUAAGCCAUGAUAGCGUGAGCAAGGAUCCAGAGAAGAACGUAGCGGCAGUCGACGCAUUGCCCACAAGGACGAUCUCUGAGUGA